UGCUUUUCUGUCGUAGUUCCUUGCUGCAUUUCCAGCUGCGACAGCCGACCCGAGGCGCCUUGCAUUAGCUCUUUCCGAUAUCCGGCGCUCACAAGAGGAAAUCGCUUAGCGCGGAUUCGGUCAUUUUACUAAUUCAUUCACCCCACCUACUGUACUUGUUUGCAACUUUCGAACGAUAAGACAUAGCUACGAUGGGAUCUUCUCCUCAUGACAGCUAUCCACCGGGGCUGUCUUCAGAAGAACAGGAGUACUUAUUGACGAACUUGAAAGACUGGUCGAUUGCUCAUGGACUAGCCGUGCGGCCGGCUCCGUCAUUCGUGCAACCGGACCAAGAUCCUGCAGGAGUGCUUGCUGCUACAGCACCAGUCACUCUUUUCCCGAGUUUGUUCCCACAAAACUGCUUCGAAGACGGGUUGGCAAUUCAGACAGCUUACAAUGAGUUGUACUCCGCAAUAGCCCGAGAUGAAGAUUGGCUGAAAGGCAUCGUUGAAGAACUUGUCGACAUCGAUGAGUUUGUGGGGAAACUUUGGCAAACCCACUUGGCAGUCAAGAAAGAGGGAUACGUUCAGGACCUCUCGCUCGGGCUAUUCCGUUCAGAUUAUAUGGUUCACACGGACCAGACCAGCGCUUCCUCCUCCGGUCUCAAACAAGUAGAGUUCAACACCAUUGCCUCAUCAUUUGGUGGCCUGUCCUCCCAGGUAUCAAGGUUGCACAAGUACCUACUUUCGAUUGACGCGUAUCCAUCGUCUGCAACGUCUAUCAUCAAGGAAGAAGCCCUUCGCCAAAGCAAGUCAGCUUCUUCCCUAGCCCAAGGCCUUGCUGCAGCGCACAGGGCGUAUGGACCUUCAAAGACCGGGCGUUCCCUAUGCGUACUGUUCGUGGUUCAGAAUCCCGAGAGGAACGUGUUCGAUCAGAGGCAUCUCGAGUAUGCACUGUUCGAAGAAAACGACGUACGCGCUUUCCGAUUGCCAUUCGAACAAACGUUGUUGCACACGAAAUUGGACCAAGAACGUACACUGCUUUACACGCCCCCCAGCUCACCUUCCACAACUUAUGAAGUCACUACCAUCUAUUUCCGAGCCGGCUACUCGCCGGACGACUACCCAGAGGAGAAAGAGUGGGAUGCACGGCUUCAUCUGGAGAAGAGCAGAGCAAUCAAGUGCCCGAGUGUGCUGACGCACCUUGCUGGAUGCAAGAAGGUCCAGCAAGUCCUUGCGACCCCGCAUUCUCCGCACUUGAAGCGGUUUCUGCCGGACGACAAGGUGGCUUCGAAGGUGCUCUCAACGUUUGCACCGAUAUAUCCGCUUGACGAUACUGAGGCGGGGCAAGAAGCCAAGAAGCUGGCUCAAAACGCAGAAUCUGCGUCCCGAUAUGUACUGAAACCGCAACGCGAGGGUGGAGGAAACAAUGUCUACCGAAAGGCUAUUCCUGCUUUCCUCGAGAAACUCCCGCAGACACAUUGGCCAGCGUACAUUCUGAUGGAAAUGAUAGAGCCGCCUCCGCUGACGAACGCCAUCUUUCGGAACGGGGAGUUACAGCGGGGUGGUGUGAUCGGGGAACUGGGGGUAUAUGGCGUGUGCUUAUGGCGAAAUGGGGCCGAUAACAAGGACGCGGGCCAGAUCUUAGCAAAUUGGGAAGCUGGAUAUCUUCUUCGAACCAAAGGCGAUCAAAGCGAAGAGGGAGGUGUGGCUGCAGGGUUCGGAGCGGUCGACAGCGUCUGUUUGGUUGCUAGCGGCUCGCCCGGUGCAUGAGGGCUGCUGCUACGGAGUCCUUUCCUGAGCCUUUGACGUAGAGAGGGAAUGACGGAAUCCCCGGCCAGUAUUCGAUCGAAAGUGUAACAUGGUGCUCACGUCUAAAGCAACGUCUAAGGCGUGCAACGGUCGGAAAAGUUCGUAGUUCUGUCCACCGCAUCGAGCUAUGCAUGAGCUAGGAGUCGUGUUACAGAAGCAUUUGUUUUACUGCCCUCUCGGGAUGGUCGACUGAAACAACUGACAACGCAGAAUGCCGUCUCACUAUGCAUGCAGCAAGCAAUGGGUGGAAGUGAGAUCGAUCUACUAACUACGAGAACCACCUCUACGGUCC